CUUUAGUUAAGUAAGAGAAGUCGAAGGAAGAGACCGGGGAGCCGUAGAUUAUCGCCACUUGCUUUUAUAAUUGUCACCAGAUAUGAAGGCCGCUUUCCAUAUUAUACGACAAAGUGCAGGAAGAAUUCAGUUGGCUCAAGCCAGAAAAAAUAUACCUACAAUACGAUAUUACACAUCAGCUGUUAGUCAAAAGAUGGAAGACGCAAAAAAACGUGUUGCUGCAUUGACGGAGGAUCCUGGAAACGAUGUAAAGCUCAAAAUGUAUGCCCUCUUUAAGCAGGCUACUGUUGGGAAGUGCAAUACAAAGAAACCUGGGGUGUUUGAUUUUGUUGGACAAGCUAAGUGGAGUGCAUGGAAUGAACUAAGUGAUAUGAGUAAGGAAGAAGCAGAAAAGCAGUAUAUUGAAAUUGUUGAUAAUUUGGCAGGUUCUGCACCAGUUAAAUCAGCUGGUACAACUACAACAGCAUCAUCACCGUCAUCUGUGGUGGAGGGCAUUGACAUCAAAAAAGAAAAUGGAAUAUGUACAAUCAAAUUUAACAGGCCAAAGAAAUUAAAUGCAAUUACCACAUUGAUGUACGAUGUCAUUCGAGACACAUUGAAUGAGACAGCUAAAGAUGACACAAUCAAAGUAGCAGUGAUCACUGGUGAGGGUGAUUUUUACUGUAGUGGUAACGAUCUUGCCAAUUUUACACAAAUGCCACCUGAGGGUCCCGCAAAACUUGCAGCCGAGGGAAGAGAGCGAUUGAGGUUAUUUGUAAACGCAUUUAUUAAUUAUCCGAAGCCGUUAAUUUGUGCAGUAAACGGACCAGCUAUCGGUAUCUCUGUUACAGUGAUGGCACUCGCCGAUCUGGUGUAUGCAUCUGAAGCAGCUACCUUUCACACACCGUUCAUGACUCUAGGUCAAAGUCCAGAAGGCUGUUCGUCGUACACAUUCCCGAAAAUAAUGGGGGAUGCAAAGGCUAACGAAAUACUUCUAGCUGGCAGAAAACUUACUGCGAAGCAAGCAUGCGAUCGUGGCCUAGUAACAGACGUCAUACCGCACAGUGAAUUUCAUCAGACGAUAGCAGAAAAAGUUAACGCAAUUGCGCAAUUACCUCCAAAGUCUGUGAUGUAUUCCAAAGCUUUAAAUCGAUCGCGGGAGAAGGACAUGUUAGAAAAGGUCAAUUUGGAGGAGUGUAUACGACUCGAGGAAAGAUGGCUUUCCGAAGAAUGCAUGAACGCUGUUAUGUCGUUUUUGUCGAAACACUCGAAAAUGUAAUUUAUAAAGUUAGGCGUUGUUUAUAUUUUUGUAUUUUCUUUUCAAAUUCAAACUCACUCUUAAAA